AUGGACAACGAGCAGCCCCACCAAGAGUUGGUGAAAUGUGUGGUGGUGGGAGACACUGCUGUGGGAAAGACCAGACUUAUAUGUGCAAGGGCCUGCAACAAACAUGUAUCCCUAUCACAGCUCAUGACAACACAUGUACCAACUGUAUGGGCGAUUGAUCAAUAUAGGAUUUACAAGGAUGUACUAGAAAGAUCUUGGGAGGUUGUUGAUGGUGUGAAUGUUUCAUUGAGACUAUGGGAUACCUUUGGAGAUCACGAGAAGGACCGAAGAUUUGCCUAUGGACGGUCGGAUGUGGUCCUCCUCUGCUUCUCUAUUACAAAUCCAAUAUCUCUAAGAAACUGUGGUGCAAUGUGGUACCCGGAGAUACGGCGGUUUUGUCCGAAUACACCUGUUCUUUUGGUGGGAUGUAAGAAUGAUCUGCGCUACAUGUAUAGAGAUGAGACAUAUUUGAACUACUGCAAGGACAGAAGUCCCUUUAUAAGGGCACCGCGAAAAAGCGACCUAGUAAUGCCGGAUCAGGGCCGGGCGUUAGCUCGCGAUUUCGGUAUCUACUACUACGAGACCUCCGUCUUUACAUACUACGGUGUUAACGAGGUGUUUGAGAAUGCUAUUCGAGCUGCAUUAAUCGCGAGGAGACAGCAACGCUUCUGGAUGACCAAUCUUAAGAGGGUACAACGGCCGCUGUUGCAGGCUCCAUUCCGACCACCUCGGCCUUUAGAGCCAGAGGUGACGAUUGUCAGUAGUGUGUACCUUGAGGAUAUGACGACGCUACUACGACAGCAGUACUUUUCGGAUAUGGUGAUAAUCUGUGGCGCGAAGGGAUUUCCGGUACAUCGAGCGCUGCUGGCAGCCGCUUGUGAAGUUUUCCGCGGGCUUCUUACAACCCACUGCGCUGCUGACCUACCACGCAGCUCCAGCGAAAGUAGCAUGGUAAGCAGUAUGGGUGAGGCAACCACGGGUGACUUCAACGAGGACACAGAAUAUUUGAUCAGACAAGACCAAGCGAAACAAACGAGGGUAUGGGAACAAAUUAAGCGUCGUUCGUCGUGUCAGCUCGUGGGAGAAGCGCGGCCUGACGUAUGCAGACGCGUACACCAUCCAGCCAUACUUUCGCUUAAGAUUGUUCGGUGCGAAAAAAUUCAGCAUGCUACAUCCCAAACGCAGACAAUAGUAACGAUGAGCAAGUUGAUAUCAUCUAGUGUGAUGCAGGAAGUCAUCAAUUUCAUAUACACUGGUGCCAUUCACGCAGCUGCCUUCAAACAACAGUCCGGUGCUAUUGGAUUAUUACUGGAAAUACGUCAAGCGGCCGAGUUGCUGGGAUUUCCUGAACUGACCAAACUGUGUCAGUUCAUAUUAGACCAACAUCUGCUGUUUGAUAAAGGAUUCAUGUUGCAGUUUCACACGCCUCUUCCGGGGCGGGUAGGAGAGGCCCUAGAGCGCGGCUGGUUCGCUGACGUGUCUUUCGAGUUGGACGAUGGGUUGCAGCUGGCGCACCGUGCACUGCUCAUGGCACGGUGUGACCCUAUGAAGGCCAUGUUCCAUGGACAUUUUAAAGAGAGCACUUCACGACUGAUCACAUUUCCAGGUGUAAAAAUGUACGCAUUUCAUAUCCUGCUGUGCUACAUCUAUUCGGACAAGAUACCUCCAGUUGAGCCCACCAGGUGUCUGGAACUGCUGGAGCUGGCAAAUAGACUUUGUAUGGACCGACUGGUCACUUUGGUGGAAGCUAGGGUUAUCGACCAUUUGCAGCAUCAAGAUAGAGUUGGGGACGACGAUCAAGUUGUUGAGAUUGCACUAUCUCUGUUGGAGCCUGUUAAGUUACACAACGCCCAUAACCUGUGGUCGUGGUGUCGUUGGCGCCUGUGUGCCGCGUACGACCGCGUGUGUCGCGCACGUCACCUCAGUGUCGCUGCACGGGAAUACCUAGCUGAUAACCGUUGGCCUCCCGUUUGGUACGUGAAGGAAUAUGAUUACUACCAGAAGUGCCUCGCGGAGCAGUCCAAGGAGCUGAAGGAGAUUAGGCCUGCUACGGCAGUAAACACUAAUCAGCAAACAGGCUGUUUGUGUUUUGCAAGUAAGGUCCGCCGCGAUAGUGCAGUGAUUGCGGCAGAUGCGUCCACGGCCUUGUGUCGCCCCGAGCCUCCCCAACCCCCGCAUCCCCCGCAGCCGCCCCUCUGA